AUGGAAGACAUGAGCUUGUGCGAAAGUAUGAAUAUGAGUAUGACUAUGCAAAUGACCUUCCAUAAUAAUGACUUCAAGCUUUACUUUGAUAGGUAAAAUGAAUUCAGCUGAAAUGUUGAUAAUGAUUUUAGAUAUGUAAUAACAAUUGCUGCUUUAUUUUUGGCAGCAAUUGGAUUAGAACUUGUGCAUUUCCUCGCUAAAUUAACAGCAGUCUAUCUAAAAAAAGUCCCUAAAAGUGAUUACAUUACAAUAUUGCUUAAUUUAGGAAAUUUAUGUUUAUUUUUUCUUUGGGUUACUUUAUCAUAUCUACUUAUGCUUGCAAUAAUGACAUAUAGCAUAGGAGUUUUUUGGGCAAUCACGACAGGCCUUACCUGUGGUCACAUUUUAUUCCGAAUAAUAAAAUCUGCAUCUCCAAUUGCCAAUGAAAGUUUAUAUGAAGAAUUGCUGGUAAAAAACCCAUGCAUAAAAAACUAA